AUGACUCUUCUUCUGCCUUUCAAUGCCAUGGUAUUUUGGCUUUCACUAAUGAUGGUAACAAGUUCAGUUAACACAGAUAAACCUGAAGAGAAAAUUUAUUCCUAGUGCAGUGCUCCUGCGGUCAAUGACUUACCAGGCAGAGAUGGAGGAGAUGGUCAAGGCGAAAAGGGAGAACCAGGAGAAGGAUUGAGAGGUCUACAGGGUUUUCCUGGAAAAGUGGGACCUCCGGGAAUAAAAGGAGAUUUAGGACCACAAGGAGAGAAAGGAGAAAAAGGAGAACAUGGAAUUGUAGCAACCGAUGACCUGCAGAGACAAGUAACUGCUUUCGAAACAAAAGUACAAGUUUUGGAGGCGGAACUAAGUAGAUACAAAAAAGCUUUGAUUUUAAAGAACAACAAGAGUAUUGGUAAAACAAUAUUUGUCUCAACUGGAAAAGAAGAUACUUUUGACAAUGGAAAAUCCCUUUGUGCACAAGUUGGAAGUGCAGUUACCUCUCCUAGGAAUGAGGCUGAGAAUACAGCUUUAGAAGACUUAAUAAGACCUUCAAAGCAGGCUUAUAAGGGGAUAUCUGAUGAACAGACUGAAGGCAGGUAUUAUGUGAAUAGAGGGGCUGUAACUUACAGAAACUGGAAUGCUGGAGAACCAAAUAAUCUAAAAAAUGAAGACUGUGCAAAAAUACAAGACUCUGGAAAAAGGAAUUACAUUAAUUGCUCAAAUUCACGUGCCUUAAUUGUUUGUGAAUUCCUGAGCUGA